UAGGUUUAAGUACCCUGGGUUGCUGCGUGCCUGCCUGCCUAGAUCACUCUCGAGACGCAACUGCUAGAUAUAAACGCAUCUCUGCGGUGAAUGACCCACGACUUCCUUCCUUCCCUCUUUCUACAAAUUCACCCACCUUCCCUACUUAUUUUAAAUCACUUGGUAACAAAGUACUACAAACACGUCAAUUCCAUUUCCCGUGUUUUUGUUUUUCUCUCUCUCUCUUCCACCUUUUUUUUUCUUCUUUAUCACCUCCAUCAUCCAAACUACCUAACCAACUGUUUCAUUACACCUUCGACGUUCUAGAUAAAUAUUCUUCGUCGAUCAUCGAGAUCAUUAGAUCAUUCUUACUUCUUACAUCCCACAGCAUCUAGCAAACCUAAACAUUCUCCAUAGUAUCCUUCGAGUACUUUAGGUUAAACCGUCAAGAUGCUGUUCCCCAAGCUUCUCCUUACCGCGGCUAUGCUGGCCACCGGCCUGGCUGCAAUCGGCGCUGAUGUCAAGAAGGACGAGUCCUCUUGCACCUGCGAGGGUGUCACUGUCACCAAGACUGUUCCCCCCACUGAAACUACUGGUGAAUCCUUUACUCCCACCGGUGGCUACCCCGGUUACCCCACGGGCACUCCCUCUACCGUUCUCGUCACUGCUACCCCUUCUUCUUCCGUGACCGGAUCUGAGACUACUAUCCCCAUCAUCGGCUCUGCCACCGAAACUCUCUCUAUCUCGUCCACCGAGUCCACCGAGUCCACCGGAACUGGAACUACUCACACUGGAACUGGAACCGGCAGCAUCACUGCUUCGGUCACUGAGACCACCAACACCGCGACCCACCUCACUAGCAGCGGUAGCAUCACUGAGACCCAUUCCUCUCACACCACCAGCGCGACUGCCAGCGAGUCCCAUUCUCACUCGACCACUGAGCCCAGCGCUAGCCCCUCCGAGAGCGCCCCUCCCACCUCGGCUGCCGCUUCUCUGCCCAUUGGCACCCUGGGCAUGAGCGGUAUCCUUGGCGGAGCAGUGCUCGUGGCGAUGGUGAACUACAUCUGAAGGGAAAGAAAAGACUGUCUGGCAGAGGCGCUUUAGCAACUGAGCAACAAUGUUCUUAUGAUCUCACGCGUUCGAUUCAUUUCUGUGGAUACACAACCAUACUGGUGGUACUGCUUUUGCAUGCAUGGACGACGAUGAGGCAGGUUUAAUGAUCAAUGGAAGAUGUAUUCUAGGGCUCUUUUAAGUUGCAUUUGCAUACUCUCGCCUUUGUUAUGAGCAGGCAUACGUAAGAGGAGGAGGAUUUUCCGAUUUGGCAGAAAUGAUUCACAAGCAUUGACUUUGAGAGUUUCUCAUAGGACAGAAACAUGUUUUACUCAAGCAAUAGCUGCUUAAUAUUAUGACGACUGGCAACCGAACUUUUUUUGGUGUGUUUUUCCUUACUAUGUUGCACCUGUGAUGAUAGUUCUCUCUGACUAGUAUUGCUCUUGCAAAUACGAUUUUUUGGUGCCAC